AUAUUCGGUUUUUCACUUUUUAACCUGGACCUAUAUGAAUAUCUUUCUCAUUAUUUCUAUUUAUUAAUUUAAUGAUUUUGUUUCCCAGUCCACCUGUCAAAAUAAAUUACGGAUUUUUACUCAGUCAAUUGUUGUUUCUAUUUUCUUCUUUUAAUUUUGUGCUUUUCAUUCGUGAAACUGUGUGAAUGUUUUAGCAUUUGAUUCCAAGAUUCAUAGGAUUUUGCACUUUUUGCAAUUUGUAGGUAAUUGUUAGGGCUGUUUAAUAGAAUUUUCAACACAUGCAAAUUCAAUUUGCAUUUAGGUUUUCUUCACUGUGUUGAUUUCCUUAGGAAUUUUCUUUGUUAAUUCAUUUGUACGCAAUCAGAACGUGGGAGGAACCGAACUAUCUUUUGCUGCAUUGGGGCAUAAUUAUUCAAUUAGUUUCAUAAUCUUCCAUUGAAUGGAGCAGUUGAAAUUGGCUGCAGAUUCUGACGCCAAAGAGGCUUAUCCUUGUAAGCACAAGACAAAAAAUAACAAUGCACUUGAGUCUUCUGACAGUCUGAGAAAUAGAAAGAUAUCAGCUCGAUGGGAUCCAGUUGAAGCAUGUCGGCCAAGAAUUGAAGAAGCACCUGUGUUUUAUCCGACUAUUGAAGAAUUUGAAGACACACUCAGUUACAUAGCAAAGAUACGACCCCUAGCUGAAGCCCAUGGCAUAUGUAGGAUUGUCCCUCCAGCUUCCUGGGCUCCGCCCUGUCCUCUUAAGGAGAAAGAACUAUGGGAAAAUGCUGAAUUUCCUACCCGUAUUCAGCAAAUAGAUUUGCUUCAAAAUAGGGAACCCAUGAGGAAAAAAAGUAGGGGAAGGAAACGAAAACGUAGAAAGCACUCCAAAACAGGCACAUGUAGGAGGCCUGCCAAUGCAACUUCUGAAUCUGAAGAGAAAUUUGGAUUUCAAUCAGGGUCGGACUUCACACUUAAAGACUUUCAGCAAUAUGCUAAUUUUUUUAAGGAAUGCUACUUUGGGUUGAGAGAUGCCAAUGGAGACAGGAAAGUUAGUGACAGUAACUAUCAGAUGAAAUGGGAGCCAUCUGAAGAGGAAAUUGAAGGUGAAUACUGGCGAAUAAUUGAGCAACCAACUGAUGAGGUUGAGGUGUAUUAUGGAGCUGACUUGGAGACUGGAGCACUUGGAAGUGGUUUUCCUAAGGCAUCAUCCCUCAUUAAUGGUGAUUCAGAUCAAUAUGCCCUGUCUGGUUGGAAUCUGAAUAACUUUCCCCGACUGCCAGGUUCUGUACUUAGUUUUGAAGGAAGUGAUAUAUCAGGAGUUUUGGUGCCAUGGCUGUAUGUUGGCAUGUGUUUUUCGUCAUUCUGCUGGCAUGUUGAGGACCAUCACCUCUAUUCACUUAACUAUUUGCACUGGGGUGACCCAAAAGUAUGGUAUGGAGUACCUGGAAGCCAUGCUUCAGCACUUGAAAAUGCAAUGAGGAAGCACUUGCCUGAUUUAUUUGAGGAACAGCCAAAUCUAUUAAAUGAACUGGUUACUCAGUUAUCUCCUUCAAUUCUUAAAGCUGAGGGAGUGCCUGUGUAUCGCACUGUUCAGCAUUCUGGGGAAUUUGUUAUUACCUUUCCAAGGGCAUACCAUUCUGGCUUCAAUUGUGGCUUCAACUGUGCAGAGGCAGUUAAUGUGGCUCCUGUUGAUUGGUUAAUGCAUGGCCAGAAUGCUGUUGAGCUUUACAGCUUACAACGUCGUAAGACAUCAUUGUCACAUGACAAGCUCUUAUUUGGAUCAGCACUGGAAGCUGUACGAGCCCUUGCAGAGCUAGCCCUUGGGAAGGAAACUCCAAAAAAUUUGAAAUGGAGGAGUGUCUGUGGAAAAGAUGGAGAUCUUACCAAGGCGAUUAAGGCAAGGAUAAAGAUGGAAGAAGAGAGGCUAGACUGUCUUCCAAGUCAUCUUAAGUUGCUGAAGAUGAACAGUGACUUUGAUUUGUACAAGGAAAGAGAAUGCUUCUCUUGCUUCUAUGACUUGCACCUAUCUGCUGUUGGUUGUGAGUGCUCUCUUGACAGAUACUCUUGUCUUAAGCAUGCCAAUUUGUUCUGCUCCUGUGGAAUGGACAAAAGAUUUGUUCUACUUCGAUAUACUAUGAAUGAGCUAAAAAAUUUGCUUGAAGCAUUAGAAGGAGAAUCACCUGCUAUUGAGAUGUGGGCAAAUAAAAAAUUUGAAAUGGUUUCCACUGAUGCUAAUGAGGUUUACGUUGAUAAACCAGCUGCUGAGCAAGACACAUACAAAAUCAAGAGUCGUGAAGAAAAGGAAAGCUCAACUGGCUGUGCAAGAACCAAGGAUAGGUCAAAUCUAAAUGCACCUAGCAGCAGUCCUAAUAGUCAUAUUACUUCCGAGAUAGUGCAGUCUGAAUCUCACCUCAUAAGUGCUUCAUAUGACAGUAUAGAUAGUCAUUGUGACAAUAAUAAUGAUAAGAAAUUGGUCAAAGACAACAAAGAUAAAAUGGAACGGGCAGGUUCUCUAGAUUUGAAUUUUGAUAAAUCUGGUGAAAAUGAAAAUUGUUUGCUGCAUAUUGCUGAGAACCAUCAUAACAAAGGUCCUUCAGUAGAGGAAAAAGUAUGCUGUUCAGAGGCCAGAAAGGAAGACAACAUGGAAAUUGGUGGUGAGGCUAACCUAUCAAACUCGUUUUCUGUUCUAAAGACAGAUUUUUCAUCAUCAUGUUCAAGGGAUGUUUGCAAUUAUUAUACGUCUGAAUAUGGAAAAAUUGAGGUGGAUCUGCACAUGGAUAGAGAUUCAGGAAAACAACACAACAAUCUAUUUAAAAAAGAAGCCAUAGACACCAAAGAUACAAGCAUACCUUUGAAAGCUGAAAGCUGUUUAAUGCAAAUGUUUGGUACUUCUGUCCAGCCUAUAAGUUUGGGAUCUGUUGUUAAUGGAAAGCUUUGGUGCAGUAAUCACACAAUAUAUCCAAAAGGAUUUAAGAGUCGAGUCAAUUUCUUUAGCGUUCUUGAUCCAACAAAAAUCUGUAGCUAUAUUUCUGAAGUCAUUGAUGCUGGAUUUCUGGGACCUCUUUUCAAGGUUACCAUGGAAGAAUGUCCAAGUGAGGCUUUCACAGACACCUCAGCAGAUAAAUGCUGGGAAUCAGUUCUGAAAAGAAUACAUCAUGAAAUCAGGAAGCAAAGGAGUGUAGGUGAACUAGAAAUUCCUUCCUUAGAGCUUCUGAAAAGCAUAAACGGUCAUAGAAUGUUUGGCUUCCUUUUACCAUCUACUGUUCAGGCUAUUGAAGCUCAAGAUCCCAGUCAUCUGUGUGUAGAGUACUGGAAUCACAAAGUUGUCCCUACAUCUUCCGGGAGUGUCAUUGAUAAGUCCACAUAUGGUUCGAGUAGCUCUCUAGGUAAUAUCAACACCAAAAUUUUUGGUAUCAAUUUGAUUAAGCAAGAAAAGGACAACAGAAGAGGAAGUUGCCAUUCCCUUGAAGAGAUGAAACCAAUACUACAAAGGGCAAGUCCUGUUGAGUUAAGCACGAUGCAUAAGUUACUCAGCUCUGAUAAACAGUGCUCUCAGUGGAAAGUGGCCUUGAUGGCAUUGAUGGAUGAGAUCAAGAAAGCUUGUCAAUAAAAUUAGAGGAUCUCAAUUCUGACUCUGGAUAGUAUAUUUCAUUUUAGUCAUUAGUUAGGUCCAUUCUUUCAUAGAUCAAUUAAACUGAAGAAUUUGGUGGGUGAAGCGGAGAUAAAAUUUUGCUACUUGCCCAUAAUCAGUGACCUAAUUACAGAUGGAUGAAGCCAUGCACUGACCCAUUUUCAAACUUUCCUUUACAUUUGCCUUUUAAGGUCUAGCCUUCAGCUGUAGCAGGAUUUAGGUUUUACAUUUAUUUCCUUUUCUCUCCAAAUUUCUGUAUAUACACACAAACAAAUGACGCUGUUACAAUAAAUGAUAAGUAGGGAAAAUACAUGGGUAUAUCUGAUAUUCAAAUGCACAUGCCACUGCUCAGAAUUU